AGGUUUUUGAUUUCGCCGUUGUCAUUGUAGCAAGAAGCUAGCUAGUUGAAGUACCAGUGUGUGUGUGAUUGAUAGCUCUGUGUAAAAUACUCCAAAAUGCCUCUGGAAAAUUUGGAAGAAGAGGGUCUACCUAAGAACCCAGACCUGAGGAUAGCACAGCUUAAGUUUUUACUGACACAUCGAGAAGAUGCAAAAGUAAAAUCGGAGCUUAUGGAGUCAAUCAAAGAAAACAAUAUGGCACCUUACUACGAGGUCCUUUGCAAAGACUUGAAAUGGCAAGUCGAUGGGGACCUUCUGAGCAGAAUGAAGAAGGCAAAUGAGGAGGAAUUGAAACGGUUGGAUGAUGUUUUGGAAGACGCAGAGAAGAAUCUCGGAGAGAGCGAGAUUCGGGAUGCUAUGAUGGCCAGAGCAGAAUACUUGAUACGAAUUGGGAAUAAGGAGGAAGCCCUCACAGCCUUCAGAAAGACAUAUGACAAAACUGUAGCUCUGGGACACCGCUUGGACAUAGUCUUCUACUUGCUCCGGAUUGGUUUGUUUUACAUGGACAAUGACCUCAUCACACGCAACACAGAGAAAGCUAAAAGUCUCAUUGAGGAAGGUGGUGACUGGGAUCGGAGGAAUCGCUUGAAGGUGUACCAGGGGCUGUACUGCGUGGCCAUCCGUGACUUCAAGCAGGCAGCUGAGCUCUUCCUGGACACCGUGUCCACCUUUACCUCCUACGAGCUGAUGGACUACAAGACCUUUGUCACAUACACUGUGUAUGUGUGCAUGAUCGCUUUAAAGCGACCAGACCUUAGGGAAAAGGUGAUCAAGGGGGCUGAGAUUCUCGAGGUUCUGCACAGUCUCCCUGCCGUCCGUCAGUACCUGUUCUCCCUCUACGAGUGCCGCUACUCUGUGUUCUUCCAGUCUCUCGCUCGAGUUGAGCAGGAGAUGAAGAAGGACUGGCUGUUCGCGCCGCACUACCGCUACUAUGUCCGGGAGAUGCGCAUCCUGGCCUACAGCCAGCUGCUGGAGUCGUACCGCUCCCUGACCCUGGGCUACAUGGCCGAGGCCUUUGGCGUCAGCACCGAGUUCAUAGACCAGGAACUGUCCAGGUUCAUCGCAGCUGGUCGACUACACUGCAAAAUCGACAAGGUCAACGAGAUUGUUGAGACCAACAGGCCUGACAGCAAGAACUGGCAGUACCAAGAGACUAUUAAGAAGGGAGACCUUCUGCUGAACAGAGUCCAGAAAUUGUCCAGAGUUAUCAACAUGUAAGAUGGUGCGAAGUCUUCAGUAUGCGAGCGACCUUGAUGGUUGUACUUAAUACUUAAUGCCUAAUUAGUCAGAAUAAGUUACUCUUUUUUUGUGUAUAUAAUAAAAAAAAAAACCUUUUCAGA